ACUUAAAAUAACAAACAAAAAGUCUAAAAAUACAAAGUUUAUAAUAAGACGAAUCUAACAAGAUCCAGUUUGAUAAUGUUUUUCUUUAUACAUUAGUAUUAAAAUACGGUUAAAAAUUAAUCAAAUUAUUAAAUCAGAUUAGACUACACCAGAUGUCCUUGUUUUAGGUGAACAGAACAUGUUUUGAAUCGAUUUUACGUUAGAACAAUUAAAAGAACCACAACCUUGAAGUUAUCCAAUUAACAUUAACCCCAAUCAAUCAUACAACUUCAUCAAAUUUCUCCUGUAUUAAACUUUCCGUAAUUUCGCUUAAGGCAAUAAGCAUCAUCCACUUCCACUUUCCAGCAAAAGCGCACCCCACCCCACUCUGGCCCCACCUUUCCCCCUUCCCAAAAUGCAAGUCUACAUCAUCCUCUACGCUUCCCCAUAUUCUUUCUUUCUCACCUUUUUCUCCCUCUCUCAAACUCUCCAUUUUCCUCACUUCUUUACUCAAAAAAAAAAAAACCAAAAAUGGAAACCCACCAUGAAAAUAAAACCGAAAUAAUCAGAGAAAAAAAAGACCCGCCACCAACCGAACCGGGUCGCAGAAUCCGACCCAUAAACACUACCACAACCCGACCAUCAAAUCGACCAAGACCACCACCACAACCACCACUAGCCCGAGUCCCACUCACGAAACUCCUCAAAGUAACCUCCGUAGCAGGCGGAAUCCAAUUCGGAUGGGCCCUACAACUCUCACUCCUAACACCUUACGUUCAAGAGCUCGGAAUUCCUCACGCUUUCGCGAGUAUCAUUUGGUUGUGUGGUCCUAUUUCGGGGUUUUUUGUUCAGCCUUUAGUGGGUCAUCUUAGCGACCGGUCCACCAACCGGUUCGGACGUCGUCGCCCUUUUAUAUUUAUCGGGGCGGUGUUGAUCAUUCUUGCCGUUACAAUUGUUGGAUUUUCUGCUGAUAUUGGGUAUUUGAUGGGUGAUAAAGUGGAUGCAAAAAACCGGAAGCGUCCGAUGGCGAUUGUUGCGUUUGUUAUCGGGUUUUGGUUGCUUGAUGUUGCUAAUAAUACUACUCAAGGUCCUUGUAGAGCUCUUCUUGCUGAUCUUACUGGAAAGGAUCAUAGAAGAAACAGAGUGGCAAAUGCAUACUACUCUUUGUUUAUGGCUAUUGGCAAUGUCCUUGGGUUUGCUACAGGCUCAUACACUAGUUGGUUCACUAUUUUUCCAUUCACACUAACUUAUGCUUGCAGUGAAAGUUGUGCCAAUCUAAAGUCAGCUUUCCUCAUUGAUAUAAUUUUUAUUGUUAUAACGACAUAUAUAAGUAUCACGGCUGCCCACGAAGUUCCAUUGAUAGUCAGGAGUGAAGGUACCAACGUGGCUGAAGGAUCUCAGCCAUCUAGCCAUGAACAAGAGGCCUUCUUUUGGGAGCUAUUUGGAACUUUCAGAUACCUUCCUGGAUCAGUUUGGUUGAUCCUUUCAGUUACCGCACUGACUUGGGUCGGGUGGUUUCCCUUCCUUCUCUUUGACACUGACUGGAUGGGUCGUGAGGUUUAUGGUGGUGAUCCAGAUGAAGGUAAACUUUACCAUCAAGGAGUUAGUACAGGUGCUCUUGGCCUAAUGUUGCAGUCAGUCAUUCUGGGUAUAACUUCAGUAUUGAUGGAAAAGCUCUGCAGGAAGUUGGGUUCUGGAAUUUUAUGGGGCGUAUCAAACAUUGUUAUGUCCUUGUGCUUUGUUGCGAUGCUUGUUAUAGCAUUUGUAGUAAGCAAAGUAGAUUCCACUGGUUCUGCAGGUCCCCCAAAUGGUGCUGUUAUUGCUGCAGUGACUGUUUUCACGAUUCUGGGUAUGCCAUUGGCGGUGACUUAUAGUGUUCCAUAUGCGCUAAUUUCCUCCAGGAUUGAGUCUCUGGGGCUUGGCCAGGGAUUAUCAAUGGGUGUACUAAAUCUUGCAAUAGUGAUCCCUCAGGUGAUUGUAUCCUUGGGAAGUGGGCCAUGGGAUCAACUGUUCGGUGGGGGAAACUCACCAUCCAUAGCUGUAGCAGGAGUUGCUGCCUUUGCAAGUGGACUCAUGGCAAUUUUGAUUUUGCCUCCAUCUAGAACCGAGAAAACCAGAGUUCGAGCGAUGCAUGUAUGAGGUAUUUCUGUGGUUUGAUUUUGUAUAGCUAUUCAUGCAUAAAGCAUAGAUGGCAACCUGUGAAUCAUGAGAUUUGUACAUAGUGAUCCUCCAUUUAUUUAAUAAAAUGAGAUUGUUCCACUCAAAACUGUUUCAGCUCUUACCAGUUACCACUACAAUGUCUGGUUGGGUUUACAUUGUUUAAUGUGUUUUGUGUCUAUGAAGAAUCAAAAGAAUUCUUUUUUAUAUCCAAGUAUGAUUAAAUAGAGAUAGACAGAAAUUUUGUUUUUCA